AUGCUUAUCCCACAACCCUCGUCUACUGUUUGCUAUGACUUGAAACUUCCUAAUCUACCAGCGAACUUCAAAACUCUGGAUGAAGCUAAGAAGAGAAGUCUGACAUUGGAUUGUCGUACGGGUGCCGCCAUUUCAAUUGCAAGGUCUAAUAUUUUCGUUCAUGGUGGUCUGGUUCUACCUUUAAAUCUGACAGAAGUCAGUCUUGUCAACGUACAGCAAGAAAUUAUAAUGUAUUUUGCCAAAGAGAAAGGUGUCGGAAGCUCUUUUAAAAAUUUAAUUGAUUGGGUUUCAUCCGAAGUCUUCUUCUUAGACUUAAUUUCAAGAACAUGGCAAAGAGUGCCAACAACAAUGAAAGAAAAUACAGAGAACAACAGAGAUCAACUUACUGAAGGAUCCCUAGUGACUAACCGUCUAUUCCAUUCCAUGUGCUACACUAGUUCACAUUUAUAUAUUUUUGGUGGGUUAGCUGUUUAUCCAGAAAGCGGCUAUGAAUUAAUUGCAACCAACUCUCUAUGGCAAUUGGAUUUAGUGACUAAAGAAUGGUCAUUAAUAAGCGAAGAUCCACAAAUUCCAAGAAGGUUCAGCCAUUCUAUGCAUGUGAAAAAUGAAAACGAUGAAUCAAAGGAUACGAAAAUUGUCAUCGUAGGAGGUUUAAGCAAUUUAGAUGAACCAUUACAAGUAGUGAAUAUAUUCAACAUAACCAAAAACUGUUGGGAACUCGAAAUCGAUCCAUUGUAUAAAGAUCAUAUUAGUUUAAAUAUCGAAGGAAAACGAGCAUCAAUGGUAACUAAAUCUAAUUUCUCUAUUUUAGUAGAAAAUAACAAAGCUGAUGUACCAGCUUUAAUUUGCUAUUACCCCCAAAUCAAAGAGACACUUAAUAGAGAUUCAACAAAUUUCACAAAUGCAUCAAACACACAACUUCCAAAGGAUAGAUAUAGUCACACUGUAGGUAAUGUUUCGCCACUUGCGGCAUUGCCCCUUCUUCCGGAUUCAAAAGGUAUAGUGAUGGAUAUCGAUCCUACACAAUAUCGCUAUGUUCUAAAUAAUAUUUUUGAUUUAAGGUAUCCAACAGGUGAAUAUUAUGGUUACGAAAUCAUUCUCGCAGGGUAUUACUUAGACACUGACGAUGUUUCUUUCCAAUGUUACUCAUACGAUAUACGUUCAGGUAAAUGGUCAAGAAUUAACCUUUCAUGUAAUCACUGUCGUCAAUCUAAAGCUUUCCACCGUUUUUGGAAACUAUUUGUAUGGAAAUCACAUCACAAAAUUUUAUUAAUGGGUUCAAAGGUUAAUGAUGGUUAUCUUCCUACCAUUCAAAAAUUCGAUCAUUUAAUGACACUAGAAAUUCCUACUGCAAAUAUUCAAAAAAAGGAAGUUGCUAAAUUCUCUCAUUUUAAUAAGUCUCUCGUUUCACCAAUAUCAUUCAAUUUUAAAGAUGAGCAUUUAAUACCAACAAUUUCAAAUACAGAUGGACCACUUGCAACCGGAAAACAAAGUUAUUCAUCUUCAGUAACAUCAAAAUUUGAGAGUUAUAUACGAUAUAUUGCUCCGACAGAAAUGGAAUCAGUAUCCUCUGUAUUCCAGUCGUAUGCGAUGGUGUUAGGGAAAGAUGCAAUGGAAUUAUUUGGCUCCCCAUUAUCAGAUUUUGAAUUUAUCUCAGAUGAAGGUGAAGCUAUUGGAGUUCCUAUUUACUUACUUAGAAAAAGAUGGGGUCGUUAUUUUGAUAUGUUAUUGGCAAAAGGAUAUUCAAAAGUAUGUCAAGAUUACGAAGCUACUGGUAUCCAAUCUGCAUUGAUUAAAUUUACACCCUCACAAUCUUUUAGUGGUUCGAAGUUAAAUAGACACCCUUCAAAUGUCUCUUCAGAAGGUUUUCUUGAUAUUAAGGCAAGACUUGCAUCCAUGACAUCUCUCGAAAAAUUUACUGAAGAUUCAAAUUAUCCUAAGUUAAGAAGGUCAUCUAGUGCUUCCAUUGAUAGCGAUCAUCAUAUUAUCAGUGGUUUGAAUAACAACAUUAUUCCAGAGACAACAGAACCAUUGGAUUUCAGUAAUACCUUGAGUAGAGGAUCUUUGAAUAGCAGAUCAAGAAGCUCACAGGUUGAUAUUGCAAGUACUUCGACUGGUAUGGUUUUUAGGGUUCCUUUUCAAGAUAGAAGUAAGACUGGGACAACUGUAUUUUCAGAUCUGAAGGUUCCAAAUGAGAGAAGAGCUUCAUUAAAUUCACUACCUACCUUAGAAAUGUUGAAAAAGGACGUGCGCCGCUUAUCUCAUCCGAAAAUGACAACAUUAACGCAAGAUCAUUCUGUACUAUCAAGAGGUACCCCUGCUGAUAUCAUUCAUUCUAGGAGAACAUCAGUGAAUUCAGCAAGAAACCUAUUGCCAAUACAUUCUAGAAAGGGUUCUCUCGCAUCCCAAGCCAGUUUGAUGUCUUAUCUAAGUUCUAAUUCAGAUAUGAUGGCUCCUUUGAGUAGUUCAAGAAGAGACAGUAUCAACACAUUAGAUUCUCAAAAUUCAGGUCUGUUAAAUGUACCAUUACCGCCUCAGUGUCUAGCACCAACAGAGCUUCUCCCACCUGUACCAAAAACUAAUACCAGAAAAAGUAGCAUAUUGAUUAACGACAUUUCAUCCACUAGUGCACCAAGCAGUCCGUUAAUGUCAAAGUUAAACAUUCAGUCGGAUAAUAUUCCUCAUUUGUCACAACUGCGAAAGUCCAGUUCUAGUAGUGCCCUUGGUGAUAAUUGCAGUUCUGCCAGCAGUAAUAAUUAUAAGGAUAAAAGAAGAGGGUUUGGAAGUUGGAGUUCCACAGCUUCAAAUCGUAAUGUUGAAUUCGAACCAUUAUUGACACCACGAGCAUUAUAUCUACCCUGGUCCACUGCUACUUUACAAGCAUUCGCUGAAUUCUUCUAUACUGGUCAAGUCAACCUAAGAUGGCAGUUAGUACCUGUAGUAUUAAACUUGUUAAUUAUGGCUAAAUUAUAUGAGGUUCCACUACUUUCCAGUUUGAUUACAGAAGCAUUAUACACAGUUGUAAGUAGAAAAGAAGAAAACUUACAUCUCAUUACUCGAUCAUUAUUAGAAGCAACUACAAAGGAAGCAAGAAAAGAAGCUGGCAAGAAUGAAGAAGCAUUGCAUAAAAUUUUGCAGAAUAACCCAAGAUAUUUAGAACUAAUGAAACUUAAAGAUUCCUUGGAUAAUAUAGAAAAUGGUUAUUUUGAUAUGCCACUACAAUCUAUGUCAGGAAAGCUUUCAAUUUCAACUACAGCUAGUGAUGAAUCAGAUAGAUAUAGAAGAUCCUCUAGUUUGGCAUCAUAUAAGUCAAAUCCAAACAAUGCUAUGUAUCGUGAUAUUUUAAAAAAUGGUUCAGGAUCAGUGACUUCGGCUGGGUCAGGGCCAGUCACUACACUUAAAACUCCACUUAAUAAAAAGUCUAGUAACCUAAGAAAAUCUGAAGAUUUUGGUGAUUACAAGUUUGCUACUCAAGAAACUGUCGAUCAAGAUAAGUUGAGAGUUUUAUCAAGCAUUGACAUGGAUGACGACAGUGACUCAGCUUCUUCUGAAGAGAAGUUAUCCUACAUUGAUAAAUUGAGAAAAUUAAGUGUCGCUUACCGUAGAAAGUCUAUGGAUGGUACCAGUAAUAUCAACCUUUUAGAUAAUUUAGAUGCUUCAUCAUCGUCACAAUCAGAUCUAGAUGACUCUGACUUUGAACUGGGAAUUUUUUCAUUGAAUACAAUUAAGAAGAAAUUAAGUGAAAGGUAUGCCGAUGAAUCUAUUGAUCCCCUGAUGGACGGCACUUCAGUAUCAAGCGAAUGCUUAAAUCCAACAAUUGGAAGUAACGAUCCGCUGAGUAAUAGAACAAGUGGAAACAUCAGUAUUGAUCCUAGAUCAUCAAAAAGUUCAGCUGCUAAUUCAUCUCAAGCCUUUUUGAACAAAAUUAUAUACAAUAGAUGUGCAUUGAAAGAUAGCGUUCCAGGUAUUGGUUCACAAUCGCCACCUAUGGGAAAUUCUAAUGGAAAUAUUAGUCAACCAUAUAUGUCGCAAAUGCCAACAUUGGAAAAUAUAAUGGUUCCAAACUCUUUACCUCCAAUUAGCUACAUCAUAAAAUCGAUUUAUAGGACAGCCAUUCUAACAAAUGAUGUCAGAUUAAUGAUCCGUUGUUUGGACUGUCUUGAAAUUUCUGAAGCUUUAAAGAAAAUAAAAAGGAAAAUGAAUGCGGCACAGAAUAAUGCAAACAAAAACGCUAUUAAAAGCAAUAGCAAGAGUUCUAUAAAGAACAUUAAAGGCAAAAAUUCUGCUAGUACAGGACAAAUCAAUGAAUCUUCGAAGAAUAAGAACACUUCGACAACCAGCCACAGCAGUACACCACCCUUAAGCACCAAGAGUACAGAUAGUAUAAAUAUAUCGAGAUCCGAAUCUCCUGGUCCUAAACCGAGAACCUCAAAGAGUGGGUCAAAGAAUAUGGCACCAAGAUAUUCCAGUUUCAAUUUCCUAAUGAGUCCAAGUGUUGCCAACUCUCAAAGUGGAGAUAGUUUAGCUUUCGACAAGCAGCAAUUGAGCGCCAUCUCACCAAGAACAUCGGUCGCUGCGGAUACAUCCAUUAAAGAAUCGAUUGCUAAUUCUCAUUCGAAACCAAAGAGAAAUUCAAACGGUAACAAUAACACAGCGACAAACACAAGUUCGACCCUGAACCAAAGUUCAACCAACACACCAUCAAACAAUAAUAUAACUGGGUCGUUAUUUUUCUUUGGAAAGAAGAAAUAG